AAUCAUAAACCCCUUUUGGUCUUCUUCCUCGUCGUUUGACCCGUAAAACCCCAGUUAUGCAGCAAAAGCAAAUCCUAAAACCCUAAAUUUAGCAGGGAAAAUUGGUUGGGGCUUUACUGUUUGCACUUGUAUUUGGGUCGGAGCAAAAAUGGAAGACCCUCCGGCGGAAUUUGGAGAAUCUAGCAAAGAUAGUGAGGUAGCUCCAGCCUUGAUAGCAGUUCAUCCUUCACAAGAAUCGGUCGCCGUCGCUGUCGGAUCGGAACUCCGAGUCUUCGACCUCCGUCAGGGUUGUGCUGUUUCUUUAGAAGAUAAUUCUUCCUCGGGAUCUCUCCAUAAGGAUUCCAUCAGAGCUAUUCGCUAUGGAGCAAAUGGGAAGCUCCUUGUUUCUGCUGGUGAUGAUAAAGUCGUCAAAGUAUGGUCGACCGAGUCGUGGCGCUGUAUUACUACUGUGUGCUCGGAGAAAAGAGUCAGUGCUGUUGCAAUAAGUAAUGAUGGUCUAUAUGUUUGUUUUGCUGAUAAGUUUGGAGUAGUUUGGAUUGUGGAACUUGAUGGGCCUGAUGGAGAAAAUGUCGUGAAUAAGAAGGCAGCUCCAAUGCUAUCUCACUAUUGUAGUAUCAUCACCAGCCUGGAGUUUUCACCAGAUGGCAAGUAUGUUGUUAGUGCUGACCGGGAUUUUAAGAUUCGGGUGACUGUACUUCCCAAGAAGCCUUUAGAUGGAGCUCAUGAGAUACAAAGCUUUUGCCUUGGUCAUACAGAGUUUGUCUCUUGCCUCGCCUUUGUUUGCACUCAGGAGUACCCCCAGGGGUUUAUUGUCUCUGGAAGUGGUGAUUCAACAGUUCGCUUGUGGGAUAUUUCUUCAGGAUUUCUUCUUAAUACUUGUGAAGUUGGAGAAAAGGCAGGACUGUUAGAGUCAAAUGGUGGAGAAACGGAGUGUUAUUCUGCUGUCACAGAUCUGUGCACCAGUCUUGAUGGUUCACUUGUUGCUGUUGCUGUUCAAAGCUUGCAAGGGAUAGUGAUAUUAAACUGCGAUCUUUCUUCACGAACUCUCUCUGGUGCCAAGGUGAUUUCAAUCUGCGGAGGGACGUUUAUUCCUACUAGCCUGAGAACUUGCUCCGCCACGGGAUUAUUGUGGAUGGUUACUGGUGUCUCUGAUCUGCAUGUUUCAGAACACCCCUCUUUGGCCCGGGUGAGAGUCAUCUCUGGUUUCAAGAAAACCAGUCCCAACUCUGAUCAGCAGGGGCCAUUUGUGCUGGAAGAUAAUGAGAUUCCUGCAGGAACUAAACUGCUUGAGAAGCUGCAGGGAAGUUUAUCCUAUAGUGAAGAAGAUUUCUUGGCUGCUGCUGAAGCUGUGAAAAAAGCAAUGAGCAAUCUUCUAAUAAAAAAACAAUACUCCACUGAGAACAGAGAAUUUAGGAAGAGAACUAGAAAUGACAAGAAAGGCAAGCCGUGAGAUGAGACUCUAAGCAAGUAGCAACCACCACACUCACAAUUGUAUUCUUUUACUGUUUUUUGAGGAAUCAGCCAGUUCAAAAUUUUGUAGCAUUAUUUUCUCUUCAAAUAGAAAACAAAAUGUAUUCUGGAAUAAUUUGUUAGCUGGGUUUUUAUGUUGUAAACCAUUUGUUCUAUUAGAUUUUGUUUCUGUUUUUGCA